AUGGAAGAGAUGAAACCCCCUCAGUGUGAGACACCAUGGAAGGUAAAACGGAGCGAAAGCUGUGGAGACGUCCACAUGGAAGGAUUCACAGAAGAGGCAGAAGAAACAUAUACAGUUGAACUGGAAGGAGUUGUCUCUCCCAUGAAUGGAAGCCCACUUCACGACGUCACAGUUGUAACAGAAGGGGAUACUCCCCAAAGAACCGAUCGGAUGGACACAAACGAUUCGAAUGAAAAAAAUGAAGAAACAAAAAAUAGCAUCCCUUAUAAUCCAAACGGAGGAAAUGGUAACGGUUUUUUCGAUUUAAAUGAAGUGCUUAUCGAAAAGAGAAACGCACCUCAUGGGGUAGUUCACUUGGGGGAGGAAGCUCCUCCAAAUGGACUACAUAAGGGAGAUCCCUGCAGGGGAGUAAAACGGUGGUGCAGUUUGGGCGGAAGAGAGAUCGUAUGGAAUGACUUUUAUACAAAGGGUGUCUUCACUCCUGGCAAAGAAAAUUCUUACGGCGGGGAAAUUACACCAAGCGUAUGUACAGGCAGUCACACAGAUCAACGUCCUCAUCCAAGUGAGUCGAAGGAAAACGUAAAAGGGACUCCAUCGAAUGAAGAAGUUAACAAGGGGAAAAUACCUCCACACAGAAAUGCAUCCUACGCCUAUAUGAAAGACGAAACGGAGUCUCCAAGAUUGAAUUGCCCAUCAUGUGAGGACAACUAUUCUGACGUAGUAACUAGCCAUGUGGAAUCGCUCAAACGGUGCGCAUCCCACAACAAUUGUGAAGAACAGAACCAAACGGGUUCUAAAUCGUUCGAUAGAUGUAGCGAGGGGGAAUCAAGACAGAUGUGCAGCAUUUUCAGUAGGAGCGUGUCCUGUUCCAUGGACCAGGGGAAGGCAAGCACGUCGGACAAUUUAAUCACAACCAUGUCGUCGUGCUUGUCCGAGGUUGACUUAGAAAUAGACAUGGCAAAUAUGAAAAGGGAGUGGUCCACGCAGGAUGGCUCCAAGGAUAGGACGUUCACCCUGCAGGGGGGCGAGGCGGAGGCGACGUGCAGUGAGAUAAUGGAUCGUGGACUUCUCUCCGGUGAGCCGAACGACGAGGAGGAAGAUUUUAAAGACGCACUGGAGUACGAACUGGAACACGAGCUGCAGAGGGAGAUCAGGGAGGAGGAGCGGCAACUCGAGAGAGAGCUGGAAGUGGAGCUGGAAACGGACGUAAAAUUGGACAAGGUGUCGUAUGUAAAGGUAAACGUUGAUCCAUACGUAGAUCCCGAUGUUGUGCAGCUACAUGCAGCUUCUUCCUGCGCAUCCGGCGGGGGGAAUCUGAACCACGAGGGGGCCUCGGCAUCCGCGAAGGAGAAAGUUAGAAACGGUUCGAAUUGCACGCUGAAGGAGCAGUAUGAAUCCAUGUCUUAUGUGGAAGGCCAACCCGGAUUGCCCCCCCAAUGGCAAGAGGGCAACGCAGUGAAGAUGCACCCGAACAACACAUGGAACCAUUCGACUAGCACAAAAAAAGGGAACCAAGAAAUAAAAACAGCGUGUAAAAACUCACUCAGUGGCAAGAAAAGAGAACUGGUCGGAGAUAUUACGGUGGAAGAAGACACGAUGAGAAAACGUGUAGCUGUAUCUGGGAUCUCCACGAAGAGAAGCACUCCAUGCAAGUUCCAACUGAGAAAAAAAAAGUCCACUAGUAAAAUGAAGAAAGUGUACUCUUCUGCCAACCCAGAAAAAAAGAAGAGCAGAAUUGUGAGGCUUCAAAAAUGUGUGCUCAGUGAAGGGUUAAGGAACAGUCGGAGUGGACCUGCAAAAGGAGGGACCCCCAAAAGUGGGAUCGCUACAAAGGGGAUUCCCGUUAUCGGGACCGUCAGCAGCGUCAAGCCUCAUCCCCUUGGCAAACAUUUAGAAGCGCUUCACCGAAAAGACAGGGACGGAACGAACGGCAUAGGCUCCAUUAUCGACUGCACGAGUAGGAAGGGGAUACCCAAAACGAAGACGAAGAUGUCCUGCGACAGGAAGAAGUGUUUAUCGAAGAGACACACCAUAUCGGAGCUCCGUCCUGUAGGAGGCGGCAAUAUCAUCAGUGACAUUGGCGGUAAUACCCAUGCGAAGGCUCUGCCGGAUCUGAGGGCGACAAAAACAAGCAGCAAAAUUCACAGUGCAAAAUCAGCAGGGGCAAAGAGCAUUCUACUGCAUCUACCUGACACUAGGAUGAUUGUGGAGAAGCUCCGUGAUUUUGGAAAGAGACACACAAUUUCUAACGCGACAACCGAUCGGAGGAGUCGUGAAGGUAUACAGACACACUCGGUGAAGUCAAGGUACGGUGGGGACUGUCUCCCCAAGGGGGGCGUAAGGGGAAUGCAGGUGAUCCCCGCCUCGAGGGGCACUGUCGGAAUGAUUAGCCUGAAGGAUGACAUGAAGGCGGGCAAUGGCAUCCGUAGCAGUGUCGGCGGAGUGUUGACCACACAGGUAGCCAAGUGGAACGGAAGACAUGUAGAAACGAAAGCUCGAAGGAACCACAACCAGGUGCACAGAACCUGUUCGGAGGAGCGGAACCAAAAGGAGCUAAUAAAGAACCAUGUGGAUAAAGAAUUUAAGGGCAAGGAAAAAAGCACUUUUGUCAAAUUGCACCGAGGUGGUGAAUCCCCCACGGAGGAGCCGACCACCAUAGACAAGGACAGCCUCCUCCAACGAUUCAACAAAACAGGGCUUUAUGCAAAUGGGGAAAAAGCACAUGUGGACCACGGGUUAGGUAGCGAAGAUGAAAUUCCCACAGCGGCUGAGAGGAAGGAAAGAGUUUUGCUGAAGAAGGAUUUUCCCCAAAUGUGGGAGAGAGGUGAACUGGACAAACACAGGGCAGGUGAAAGGGUGCAAGGUUACCAAGAUGUGCUGCUACACUGCUUAGUAGGAAAGGAUGACCCUUCACAUUAUAGAAGCGCCGUGAGUGAAAAAAUGCCCGAGCGGGUAAAGGGAAGAAGCACUAGGACGGUGGAAAUUCCUUUAGGGAAGGACUACUCGAAGGAUAAGUCGGUUUUGAGGACAGACCCUCAUAUGGUGGUAACACCGAGACAAUUAAGGAUCAGUGGGAAGAAGCGCCCGGAAGAGACACCAACGGGUAGAAGGAAAGAAAAUGGAAGGACAAGAAUCUCAAGUGAUGAGUUGGUACUGAAUAGAUUUUUGGCUAAAAUGGGGGGGAACAUCCCUGCAAGAGUGCCUAAACGGGAGAGCAUAAAGAAGGGAGGCUCCAAAAGUAUCCAACCGAACAAGGUAAACGCUCACGUGGAAAGGAGAGCCAAUGUGAUAAAGCAAAAGAGUUCCCUGUGUAGGAGUGUGGUGGGUAGCCAAAGAGGAAACAACGCGAAGGAGGGAGAAAAGGAGCGAAAAAAAGAAGAGACGAAGAAAACAAAGAAGAAUGAAAGCAGGAGAACGAAAGACGGGGUAAUCAAACGAGGAGGUGCUCACGUAGGGGGAGACAGAGAAAAGUAUCCAAACGGGGUGACCCCUAGCAGAGUCGAACUGCGCGAAGGGAAAAAGGACAGCUACCUGGAGAAGCGAAAAACUUAUGUGUUCUUUCUUAAGAAGGGCCUGAAAGGAAAACUGGAAAAAAUGAACCAAAAGGCAGAAGCAGAAAAACAUAGGAAGAAAGUGGAGGGCAUUUUGCAGAAGCGAACAGAAAUGAGUAAAAGCCCCACCGAUGCUAAUAGAUCGAAGAAGACACUAGAAGGAGAAAACCCAAGAGAGGAGGAACAAAAAAAAUUAUAUGAAAAAGUGUACCCAGGGGAACCACAGGACGUGCCCCCAUUGGAAUCAAAGAACCUGCAUGGGCAGAUGACAACGUGUAGAUACACCCCUCACGUCAAUGAAAAAGGAAAAGAAGUUUCUUUCCACAGUGAGAACAACGGUCUUAUGAAUGGAAGUUGCCACCAAUCAGUCAGGGACAUCGGGGUGGAAGUUCGAUCUGAAGUCACAUCUCCUAGGGGGAACAUUAAUCUGUCCGAUGAGAGGAAGGUGGUACACUUUAGCCACUUGGACUCGAAGAAUGGAAGGAGCAAUCAUUCCUUGGGGAUACCCAGCGUGGCUGUAAGUUGGAAGGACACUUCUAAUUUUCAUCGCAAUGGGAACGAUGGUGAAAUGGGGCAUGAUAUCAGACCCUCCUCCCCAUCGAAUGCACAGAAAGGGGGGGUACAAGCUCCAGAUGUAUCCUUCACGGGGCGGGGAAAGGAUGUUCCCAUUGGAGGAAACAUAACACAGGGUUAUUCCCCAAGGGGUCCGUACCAAAUAGGUUCUGUAAAAACUGCCAGGGAAGGGGACCUAGAAUCCUUUUCGAGGAGAACGCCAACAGGAGACACGCGUUACGCAGAUAAGGUGAACCUUGAGAGGUCAAUGGAAGGAGAAAAAGUUUCGACCAACCGGGUUGCUUGUAUGUCUUCAUAUUGGGACAAUCCAAAUGAUGAGGGAUCCCACACACCCGUUGCAUGGAGACCGAUGCUGCACAGGCGGAUGGUAGGUGGUGCAUCUAAGGGGGAACGAACAACCCCCAUGGAGACGGAUCCAAUGAUAGCAAGUAGGACUGACACGAAUGUCGCAGGUGAAAGCGCCACCGGGGGAAAAAAACGAACUGAUGGAAACGCAAAAAGGGGAACAGAAGGAGAAAAGUACAACCAAAACGAACCCACCAAUUUUACACAACACCAAGUCGGUACUAGAAGAUGCAGCAACGAUAGGACAGUGAAUGCACAUGGGAAUAUAAAGCAGGAAUUUUUGUCGCAUGCCAAGGAGAAGAUGAAGCGCCUUCUUAACUUGAACGAUGAAAUGCAAAGGAGUGGUGAGAAGAACGUUCUCCAGGUUAACUCAAACAUGGGAAGCCCUUCCAUGUGGUGGUCACACCUAGAACAGGGCACUAACACGUACCUGCAGGACGGCCAACGAAAGAAAAAACAAAGUGGUAACCCAUGUUUGAAUUUAAAAGGGGAUGAGAUGAAGAAAGUUUUUCGUUCCGCCCCUCACUUGGUUCACUUGGAUCCAUCCAAGGUUGCAUCCAAUAUGGCGAUGUCUGCCUUAAGCCCAAGAGACAUCACUCCAGGGGGUGUCAGUCCCACUGUGAAAGCAGCACAGAUUGUACCCUGCAAUGUAGUCCAGAAGGAGGAGGCGCACACGGCAAGUCCGUUCAGCGGUCACAAUAAUUACCCAAUAGCCAAAGGGAUGAAUCCAAAUGGUCCCACUCUUAGAGCGUAUCAAUUACCAAACACGAAACCUUACGGGGCUCAAAAUGUAUUCGUCAGAUGCAACGAACAGAAGGUGGCCUACCCAAUGGGUGAUGCAUCUGGAAGGAGGAGCCAACUAGAGAAGAGCAAAAAUGACCAAAACAGAGUGAACCGCAACGAUGCGUAUGCUCAAGUGUUGGGAACUACCUACCAAGGGGGGACAAAUAGGACCUACAUGUCUUUGCACGGACCAAUUGGCUACACAAAUCCAGGGCAGACAAAGAACAACUUGAUCUCAGGAGAAAAGAAAAAGAAUUCUAACUUUAGCAUUCUGUGGUGGAAGACUUAG